GGAAGACCGUUGUUUACCAUGGCGACGGGGACGCUACCGUUCAUUGUUAACGGACACAAAGUGCCUCUGACAUUAUUCCUUGUAAUAUACAGUGGUUUACUGAACUGCCAGCAGUUUAUCGUGCCCUAUAAGGCUCCGACAGACUGUAGUGUGGAGGAAUUCUUCGAUAUCUCGAGUCUCUCGUGUGCGAGGUGCGGUCUAAACCAGCAACGGAGCACAACAGGACUGAGCUGCAUUUGCAAAACCGGGUAUCAAACUCUCACCACUGAUAAGGGGUCCAUUACUUGUCAGCUGUGUCCCACUGACAAGCCUGCAGUAACUAAAGGCGGGUUUGAGUGUAUUCGCUGUCCGGGCGGUCUCACCGAGGAGGGGAACUGCAAGUGCCCACAAGGCAGUGUCCUGGUGGAGAGAGAUGUCAAUGGAAACCUUCUGGAUGAGGCCAGGUGUGAAACGUGUAAUCGAAAUGCCCCUGCUUUGGCUGUACCAAACAGCAAUGGAGACAGGUGUGAGAGAUGUCAGGCCACCUUCAUUAACACCUCCUGUGACUGUAACCCUCCUAAUGUCCUGGCAGGAGGAUUAUGUAUCCCUCCAGGCAGCCUCUCCACCAAUGUGAAUCCCAGUGUCAACUAUGCUCAGUUGAAGGUCAGCAUCCAGUCCGCCUGGUUCGUCAACAACUUGUACUCCUCGUCAGCAGCCUGCCUCGUCUUCUCCAACCUGACGGCAUGUCAGUCUCUUGGGAACAUGUGUGUCAUGAACAUGCACUCCUUCAGCGGCUUGUCCACAGAUGCCUGUGGUCUCUUUAACACCAUCUUUAGAUCCAGAGCUGCUAUGAGCUCAACUCAAGACAUUUCUUACUGGAGAAAUAAUCUGCCAUGGCUUUACUAUGGUGACGAACCAGGACUGGCCAGUCGAGUGCUUCAGACCGAUCCUGUUCCUAUUGGGUUCAGUUUCAGAGGAAGAAACAAGAACACUGACAUUAAGCUGAUUGCUGCUGUUUACAACGUCAGAGGAGAGUUCCUCAGAUGGGAACCCGUAGGAGGAAGUAAUCUCCAGCUUUGUCCAGAUACAACCACCAAACAGGCUGCAGCCUUCAGCUUUGGAACCGCUUACCAACAAAGUUGUGAUCUCUCAGUAGCGAAGCUGUUGGAUACCCAUCCAGAGCCGUUGUUCUAUGAUGUGUUUAUGGAUCUUGGUGGAGGAGAGAACACUAAACUACUCCCUCUGCCUACACUAGUCUAUAACCAGCAAUAUAAUGGACGCUUCAUCAACCAAGAGAGCAUGAAGAACUGGUACCUGUCUCGACGUAUGUUUCUUGUUGACACGCUGAGUGGAAGAGAGAAGAGCAUGACUUCCCCGCCUAAAGUCAUCCGUGUAGCCAGCAGUGUCAAAAUAAGGUUUCAGCUGGUUCCACGAACCCAGGAAGGACAGGUGUUCCCCCCUCUAAUGACUGUGACCUACGGAGAUGUUCCCAUCGAUACACAAACUGUGUCUAUAACGUUUUCUGUGGAGUAUGAGAUGGAUCAGAACGAGGCUCGCGCUAAGACAGAUACUGCUCUAGGUGUGAUGGGUGGUGUGGCCGUGCUCUACUCUCUGCUGAAGACAGUCAGCUGGAAGAGGAGGAUCGCCUCUCCGCUCAUUGAUGUGGAGACUAUGCUGAAGUUUUUGUUGUUUUAUGCUGGAGAUCUGGCCAAUGUUUUCUUCGCCGUCACUGUGGGAACUGGACUUUACUGGCUCAUCUUUUACAAGGCCCAACAGUUUGUAUCAGUGCUGUUACCACUACCUGCUCAGGAGGAGCAGUUUGUGACAUACAUUGGUUGUGCCUUCGCUCUCAAGGCUAUCCAGUUUCUCCACAAGCUGAUCCUUCAGGUGUCAGUUGAUAUAUUCUUUAUUGACUGGGAGAGGCCACGAACCAAAGCCAGCAGGCCUGUGCAAGCUACUGGUGAGGCGAAACGUGACCCCUCUCCAGUCAGCAUCUGGAGGACCUACUUUGUGGCCAAUGAAUGGAACGAGAUCCAGACCAUCCGCAAGAUCAGCCCAACUUUUCAGAUCAUGGCUGUGCUCUUCUUUCUUGAAGUGCUAGGAUUCUCUAACCUGGCCCUGAGGGAUCCCUGGCCAACGUUAGAGCGCUCCACACAGGCGUACACCCCUUCAUACAGCCUGAUGCUGCGCUACGGUCUUGCAGCCACGCUGUGGCUUUGCAUCGGAGUUCUGCAGGUGAUUUUCUUCACGCGUAAGAACGAAUUUAUCCGUAUGUGAAUGCGUUGGUACUGAGAUUUUAGCUCUUGUCUGUGUUCUACUAGAUUUUCUGUGCUGCUGUUAUCUCACCGUUGUUUUGGCUACUACAUUCAUGGGCGUUCAGUACAUGGGCAUGCAGAUACAAACAUGGAGGAAAUGAACAACAAUCUGAAAAGAGAGAGUGAGUCCCUGUGUGGUCAGAGAGGUCUACUUCCCAACACAGAGAUCCAGACCUUUCAGGUGUCUCUAACCAACCGUCUGCGGUCGCAGUAUGAGAGGAUACGAGAGCCGCUCAACAGGAGGAACAGGCCAUCACGGCUGAUUGAUGCAUCUUCGGCUAACCAGUUUGAGCAGAACGCCAGAGCCUACCACACCAUGAACCACUUCCUGGGAUCCAUUAUAGACCAUGCCCACUCUGACAUGGACUAUAUAGUGAAGGACAAGCUGAUGUUUGAGAGGGUCAUAGGGAUGGAGUUCCUUGAACCCAAUGAAAAAAGCAUCUUUUACAACGAUGAGGCCCACUCCUUCAGUGAUGUGCUGUUUUAUGGAAACGAGGCCACGCUGCUGAUCUUUGACACUUUGUUCUUCUGUGUUGUCGACCUCGGAUCUCAGAGCUUUGUGCUGGCAGCUGUGCUUACAUAUGUACAGCAAAUGAUAUUUCGCUUGAUACGUAACGCUCUCGGAAGGAGGAACCUCGUCAACAAGACUCUGGUGGACGAUAGAUUUCUGAUUUGAAAUGAUAGUAAUUGGUAGUGUCAGUGUUGUUUAGUUGCAUUUCACAUCUUCUUCAUGUUUACUGUUCACAGCUUGUGCAGCUCUUUUUUUUUGUACUUUUCUUUUCUAUUUUCACUGCUGUUCCAUGAUGUAAA